AAAUAAGGUCAUGAUUUUUCCUUUCCUUUGUAUGUUUUAUUUUAUCAUAGGGGAAUUCAGAGUUUGGUUUUAAUUCUGCUCUCUCAGUUUCAGUUGAACAAAAAAAAAAACAAUAUGUGUGGGCUAGAAUUCGGUCCUUUCUAGUUAGGUGAACUUAACACCUCCUCUCUAAUAGAGUUUAUCUGCUGGUUGAGGAUGUGCCUGAAGAGUCUUGCAGCUGAACACAAAGUGCUGUGGUCGCCUCAGUCCUCGUCAAUGCUGUAUUCAUUUUGUCUCAGAGAAGCAAGAUGGUGGCAGUACAAAAGGAUUACUGGUACUUGUUGGUACUCAUGAUGCAGCUCUGUUUUCUGAAAGACUCUGUUCAGAUGAAAGCCCCAGAAUCAAAAGUCACACUGAAGGACGGAAUGAUAUUGGACUGCCUGUGUCCGUGGACUGGCCAGCUCAUUAUGGUCUCUUGGACUAAAAAGUCUCUUUCAAAACCUGUAGCUGUUUAUCAUCCUCAGUAUGGUACCAGCUUUGAGUCAUCAUAUGAAGGCAGAGUGGAGUUUCUGAAAACCACCGAGAUGGACGGCAGCAUUUCCAUAAUGAAUGUCACUGAGGGUGACAUCGGCCAGUAUCAUUGCUCUCUGCAGACUUAUCCUCAGGGUUCAUGGACCAAAGACACAUUUGUCGAAAGAGCAGUAAUCACCUCCCCCUUCUCUAUUCAACCAGACACUAAGCUGGUGGUCACAGAGAAUGACAACCUGACCAUUAGAUGUAACCAUGUCCAUAACGGUGAGGUUUACCAAGUAAGCAUUGAGAAACUGGAUGCCGAGGUGGGCAUUAGUAAUAUUAUAGCAACGUGUCGGAUGCUAGAAGAUGACGUGGAGCUGAGCGAGUUCAACAGUAGAGGACGACUGAACUGCAGUGAUGCUAUGGAGGUCAGUCUACACCUCACCAACAACACAGACGCCGGUGUUCAGUCCACCACAAUCCUGCUGACCACUCUCCCUGCUCAAGAUUUUAGGAGUCUUCAUCACAUGCUGUAUGUGUAUAUUGGAGGAGGGCUGGUUGGUGUCGCUCUUCUGAUGAUUUUAUUGCUGACGUGGCUGAACAGGAUGAAAAGGAAGAGAGAGGAGUACAGAAUCAAACUGCAUCCAGCUAAAAGACAGCGUAACCCAUAUGACAAUGGCUGUGUCUAUGACAGGAUGAAAAAGGGGACCAGAAGUGGGGCAAGAGAUAAAGAUAUAUAUGUUAACUUUCAGAUAGUGAGAGCUCAUGAAAAACACAAACAAAGGAGAUGAGAUACUACCAUUCUACAGAGUAAAAACUGAAAAACUGAAAGUUGAAAAACUAGCUGUAGCCGAACAGCAGAAAUCAUAAAACACAAACCAAACACCAGUGCCAAGAAAUGCAUUUGCACCUGAAUACUAAUGGAUGGAUCAGAGGGGAAAUUCCUAAUAAUGUAGAUGAUUAAUGAACCCAUGCAUAUAAUUUGUCAUCUGAUGAACCACUACCACCAUCAUCAUCGUCAUCUUCAUCAUUACAUUAACCUUUCAAGCCUGGCCCAGAACCCACAUUACAUGGUAUUUCAUUGCGUAAUGGUGCUGGAUGUUGGCUGCUCGUGACCACAUUGGGAAAACUGUCCUCUUUGCUCCUCUGUGAAGUCAGUUUGACAGGUAAUCUUCUUAAGAAGCUUUCUGGACUGUAUCAAAGCCAGAUAUAAGCCAAGCACAGUCACUCUGAGCAGACACCGAAGCAACACUUUAAUUUGAGUGACUCUAAUUAACAAAUGAUUGGACCUCAGAGAGCUUUUGAGUGGAUGGAUCUUCUCAAAAUCACAUCCUUGUCUCAUGUCUCAAUUUGAGUCCGAAUGCUUUCUCUUCGCAGAAAUGGAAAUACCACCCUAGCGAAUGAAAACCGGGAUACGAAGGCUCCAUUGUUCAUAGGUGAACUGACAAUGCUCAGCUUACAGGCGGAAUAUGAUUUGCUUUGUGAGAUAUAAUGAUUUUAAAUGAUUAAGAUCAUUCAAAAGUUCAGAUGUGAUGUUUGAGCACAGCGCACUUAACAUGUACAGGAAUAAAAUGAAUCACAUUUCGAUGCAUCUACAAAUCAAAAAUUAUGCUUGGUACUCUAAAAGAGAUUUGGUCUCAUGAUACUGUAUUAUGCCUGUAUGAUGUCGUUGGAGAUAUUGUGUAAUGUUCUUUAAGACUCAUAUAAAGAAAUUAACAUUUAAUAUUGA